AUACCCGUCUUCACUACUUUAUCCCAGCCUAACUUUCACGCGUCAAUCGGAGACUGAAAACAUUCAUGUAAAAAGCAAGAAAAAAGCAACUUUUUUUUUUGUUCUCCUCCAAACAAUAAAAUGACUCAUUUGUAUCAUUUUUACGAAGCCAUUGAUCACGAAGAAAAAGAAGCCGAUAUAUUUUACGUGCAAUGUGAAUGGUUUAACAAGACCAUUGAUUUAGACACAGAACAAGCCAGUAAUGAAGAUUAUUGUCUAAUUACCGUGACGAACCUUGAGGAUUACUGGCAACACACAAUUACUCGAGACUUGUUAAUUGAAAAGUUUAAACCAAGUAAUUGUUUGGUACAAAAAACUCGUAGUAAGGUAUUAGCACUUAGUUUACGAGGUUCCAAGUGGAUCAAGAAUCAUCAAAUUCAAUGGGCCUAUAUCAAGUGUGAAAAUGGUCAACUCGAGAUGAAAUUACGAAUCCAUUAUUUCGAUAUCAUUUAUGGAGUCGCAGGUUCUUUCACCAUGGAAAAGCUUCCUGGCGAAAAGAAUCAGGACUUACUGACAUCAUGGUUUAAGAAUUGUGCGACAGCUUCUGUGAAGUCUAAUGAAACUGAGGAAGCAUUGACCUUGCGUCAUGAUGAUAUGAAGUCCUUAAACGAUGAUUUAAAAUCAGCUCUUCAAGCCAUGAAAACCGAAUCCAUCGAAUACCGGUUCACCAUGUUUUCUAAUUUUACCAAAGUGUUGAAUGCCAAAAAAGAAAAAAUCGCAGAACUUAUUAGCGAAAUCGACUACUUAAAAAAACGAACCAGAGAUGAUACCGACGAAGAAGACAUGCCUGUAAAGAUACAAAAGACAAAGCGUGGUUCAAAGAAACAAAUAAAAAAUGAGGCCUUUUCAACUGUCAAAACGGAAACGUCCUCGUUGCAAGGACUUGUUCGAAAAGAGGCAUCAUCAUCACGAGAGACUAGAAAGUUAUCGCCUAACGUGAAACAAGAGCCAACCGGUGCCACGGAGGAAGAAUCGUUAGUUACAGUGAAGGAAGAACCGCUAUGGCCUGAAGAAGAACCUAUUCCACGAAAGACAAAAGAUAAAGGGAAGGCCGUGGAUAGAGGAGAGACCAUGGGUAGGGGAAAGGAUAAAGCGCAAAAGAAGCCAGAUCGACAAACUGUGAAUCUGGAUUCAACUAGCGAUGAUGAAUCAGAGGAUGAAUCAGAGGAUGAAUUGGGUGAUCUAUUGGAUAAAAGGACCAAGAAAUUCGAUCUGUAAAAUAAUAUUUUGAAAAUAUGGACUACAUAUACAACACAACAGUUCAGAGGGUUUGGGGGAAGAAGGCUGAUUUAUACCAAAAAUAAAUAUGAU